AUGGCCAACUUACCAGCUUACUCAGAACCUUCAUUCCUCUUACAAGUCGAAAAUCAAUUCCCAGAAUGUCCAGCCAUGACAGCCGGUAAAUUGCUCAGCCAUACCACUAACUUUCGACAUCAUAACGAACUUUGGCCACAUGAACUUUGGGAUUAUGAAUUUGACAUUCAAGGAACUUGUUGGGAGAAGUUACCAGAUUUGCCUAUCAUUGAAAAGGAAGAAGAGAUUUCAAACCCUACUCCGGCUGCUCAAUCAACAACAGAACCUUCUGAACCUAUUCGAUCACCUCGAGCCAGAUCUGAAUCUAACGAACAUUCAAAAUUUCCUAUUCUCUCGAAAGCUGAACUUCACCUUGCAAGACCCCAUGCCAAUGCACUCUUUUGUCCUAUCGAAUGGAAAUGGGUUGUGAUCAAAAGUUUUGGUGACGAUCAUCUUCCGACUCAAUGUCCUGGUUUGGCUCCCAAGGGUUCAUCAUCAAGUGACCCAGUAAUGCUGAUCGAGAACCAGAAUGAGAACAGUACCGAACAAGAUGGAAUUCAAAUCGAACCUACACCAGAUUCAAUCGGACAUCAUUUUUUUCAAAUUUAUAGAGGUGUAGUCGAACAAGCUAGAGCUG